UGGAAUGGCCGUCAUUUGCCACGGACCCAGUUUCCUACACGGCCUGUCUGUGACGGACGUGAACCCAGACAGCUUCCUUGCCACAUGUCCCACUGGAUCAAGUCCAAAAUUACCCGAGGAAGACGUCAUCUUAUCCUACAGGGAGGCAAAGUGGUUGGAAUGCCCAGAAGGCUGCCAUUGUCCUCAACCUACCGAGGUCGUCUGUCGAAAUACAGGUCUGACCUCAGUCCCCGACCGGAUUCCAUGGAACACCAGAACACUUGAUCUUUCUGGAAACCUUAUUUACGUCGCACAUGAGUCUGAAUUUUCCUCCUUGAAGAAUCUGCGAUCACUUGUCCUGAGCAACAACAGGCUGAUGAGUUUCCCACUAGAGGCACUUGAGUCCAUGCAGUCAUUGUGGAGGCUUCACAUUGAGAACAAUGAUAUCGAUGAGCUUCCAUUUGAUGCUUUCGUAUCCCUGCGGCAGCUUCGCAGUCUCACAUUGGACGUAGCCAGUUCUGAGACCCUUUCAGGUUGCCUGGAACCACUUAUUCGCUUGCGAAAUUUAGUCAUUUACGGACAACAACUGCCCAUUGUUCCCCCAAGGGCCUUCUAUGGUUUGUUCCGACUUCAGAGCUUAGAGCUCCGACUUGGAUGCAGCACAGCCAUAGACGGUCGUGCGUUCGAUGAUCUCCAAAAUGUGCGGUAUUUAGAUAUAAGCGGCUCUUGUGUGAGGGACAUUUUAGGUGUUGUUAGAAUCAUGGUCACAGCAAUACAUUUAGAGACGUUAAAACUGUCCAACAACAGCAUUGUGCAUCUGCCAAGCAUGGCGUUUGUACCCAUGCUCAACCUCAAGGUCCUGAAUAUGAGCCAUAACUUCAUCCAGACGAUCCAUCCUCUCGCUUUCCACGGCUUGAUGAGACUGAUAAGUCUGAACCUGGACAACAACAAUCUUUCAAAGGUUCCACUUGAAGCGUUUGAAUCCUUGCCACGACUGCGUCACUUGAGUCUGAGGGGCAACAACAUUAUUAAUGUGCCAGGGGAGGCUUUUACUACACUUACGAGUAUCAGGGAAAUAUUUCUGGAUGCAAAUAUGAUUGAGUCCAUCAGUAUUAAUGCAUUUCAUGGUCUAGAAGAGUUACAGAACGUGUCUGUCGCUGAAAACCCGUUAGAGUGUGAUUGUAACAUGAGGAAGUUUAUGGAGGCAUUGGACAAUUUAAGCUGGGAUUACAGUAUUGAGGUGGAAAACAUGCGAUGCUCUGGUCCGCCGGUCUUUGCCGGGUGGAAUGUCUACCAUCUUGUUGCAGACGAUUUUGUAUGCGGACGGGACAAACAGGCCGAGAUCGCAGCGACGUUUCAACAGAUGGUGCAGGAAGACGAGUUUUUCCCUUGUCCGGAGAGUUUCACGUGUGACGGUCUGGUGGCCACCAGCGUCGGGCGUGGACUGACGGUUGUUCCGCUCUCUCUCCCCCUCAACACUACAGCCCUUGUCUUGUCCAACAAUUCUAUUACUGACAUUCCUGCAGGGGCCAUGAAAGAACUGGCUCGGCUCCAGUACCUCCAAUUGGACCACAACAAAAUCCGUACCAUCACAUCACGUUCCCUGAAGACGGUGCCUCUUCUGAAAGUUUUGGAUCUGUCCAACAAUAUGUUGGACCAGAUUGACCCAGGAGCCUUCAGCGGUAUUCCCAAACUCACAUCACUCCUAUUGUCUAACAACAAGCUGAAAACUGUCCCUGUCUCUGCACUGAAGUCUCUCCCUAACCUCCGGGAGCUUCGCAUAGGAAACAACAACGUCAAGUCCCUUGAUCUGCCUCUUCCAGAUCACAGCAAGCUUCGCCUGCUCGACUUAUCAGGUAACUGUCUUGAGUCGAUCCGGGUGACUGCUCUCACUGGCCUGCCGAUGUUGCGAGCUUUAAAUCUCAGUAACACUUGCUUGGACAAUGUCCCAACCACACAACUGUCCCUCCUACACAAUCUUCGCGCCCUUGACCUGUCCCGGAACAACAUUACCUUCAUCGCUGGACGCGCACUGGCCGGGUUAAAGCAGCUUAGAGAGCUAAUUCUCACCGGCAACUCCAUCACACGGGUGCAGAAUCUUGCGUUCAAAGGUCUGACUCACUUAUAUCGAGUUUCAUUUGCAAGCAACAGGCUGAGGCGCAUCCCAAAGGCACUUCGCAAGCUGACAACGCUGUCUGAGAUUUCCCUCCCAGGAAACAAGAUAACCGACAUCAGUGCCAGGGAUUUGCCGAGUCUGAGGGGACCUGCGGUGAUAGACAUUAGGGACAACAGGCUGGAGCAGUUGGACCCGGACGUCUUCUCAUCCACACAGCACGUGAGUAGGCUCGAUCUGGCAGGCAACCCAUGGCGCUGUGACUGCGACUUACUGCCAUUGCGCAACUGGAUGGAGGAUCAUGAGGACUACGAGGCUAGUAUCAACCCUCAGCCCACAUGCGCCAGUCCUGUUCUUCUGGAGGGCCACCCGAUGAUGGACGUGCCGACGGAAGACUUCCGUUGUCCUAAUCGCGAAACUGUGGACCAGUCUGACUAGCGCGGCCUUGGAGCGGCCUGGUGGCCCAGUGCAGCCCCGAUCAUCAGACUGGAGGGAGUGAUCGUUUUCUCGUCAUUAAGAAGACAGUUGGAGAGUAAUACUACGGCAGCUACCGUAUAGUAUUCAUGUAGACUAUUUUAUAUAGAGUACGGUAGUAGCCUUAAUAACGCGGUGCAGUAUGCAGUAUUACACAUAUCUUUGAAUGCGUUCAAUUUCCUUGAAUCCGCUGUUCAAACCGUUCCAAGUAUUUGUGAGUGGCGACUGGUGAGAUGUUUAUAUGUGUUGGAAAAGGGUUAUGGACUGGUUGGUGGUGGUUGGGGAAUGGUCGGGUGUCACAUCUGACUCCCGACCAUGCCACAACCACGGCUGACUUACUCCCAACCUACCCACGACUCUUAGUCAAAUCUCUGCUAACUCCUUACCAACCGAGGCGACAACAGUCAGAAUGUGUGCUAAUCACCCCGACCUUCCCACAACCUCUACACAGCCAAAAACAUAGAAAGCUCUAGAAGCCGUAUUGAAGCUAACUGUGGCCCAAAUUUGAUGAGUCUGUAUUUACAGAGUAGAAGUAUUGAUGGUCUCGAAUUUACAAAAAAUGAAAAUGGCCCUCUCAGUUUAAAGGUCGCUGAUUAUACCCAUUUUGAUUCAAGAGAAAGUUGGUAAUCAGUUGGUAAUCAGACAGGUGAGAGUCGGCAGUCUGCGGCUAGAUAUCGGAUUUCGAAUAGUGGGUGUGCGACGUGUUUUAUACGCCCUGUAAAAAGCAGUACGCACACGUGUGGGCUCCUGUGGACAGGUUAAGUGUUUUGUAACAACAUGUGGUGUUAAAAACACAGCAUUUUUGUAAAACUACUGUACGACUUUAUUAUACUGGUCAUCUUGAAAUACAUUUAUCCACGAGUCUUAAUAUUUAGCCGACGUAUCGCAC